AUGAAGCUGGUUGAAUUAGACACAACGGUGGCCGACCUUCACGCCACAAAUGGCGUUCAAUGGCCCCUGGCUGUCGACCUGUACCACACCUAUACCCAUAUCGACCUCCACGACCACUUUCUGCGCGAGUCGCGGUUUGCCGAAGAUGAGGACCCGGAGGUCUAUUACAAUGGCGACGGAAACGUCGAGCGGUUCAGACAAUGGGCUCUAUGUUUCAAAACACUCCGCUUCCUGCCCAUGGUCGGGCCAGGCCUCGCCCUCCUCCAUGUGCCUCGAAAUGCGAGGGUCAACAUCGAGCGGGCACUGAAGCAGUUUCCUGAAUGGCAGCGGCCCAUUGUUCAGUACAUUGAUUUGGACAGCUCGGACUUCGAAGCGGACCGCCAGUCUGCCUUGGAAGGCAGGAAGCUGGUGUACUGGCGGCCUAAGUCCUGGAUGUCAAAGGAAUCCUGCUUGGUGGCACCCGAAGUCUCAUACGAAUUGAAUGACAAGCGAUUUCUUACCCAUCCAGGAAUCCCAACCCCAACGAUGGAACUCAUCCAACUGGCGCAGCCAGAGCAGCAAGCGUACCUGGCCAGCCGUCCCCUGCCGUUUGUGGUCAAGUUCUGCCGCUGCAGCUCUGGACAAGGAACAUUCAUGGUGGCCACGGAGGACGCCCGGCAUAAGAUGCUUCACGCCGUGAGCCGCUACGCCACACGAGGAGGAGACGAAGUUCAGGUUUCGGAGUUGGUCCACUCCAAGAGACCUCAUUACGGGGUGAAUUUCUUUAUGGGUAACGGCGAAGCCACAGAGACACAGUUCUUGGGUGCCACGGAGCAGGUUAGCACCAAGGAUGGCGCUUGGGUAGGAGGAAUCAUUGAUUAUAACGAGCAAGGCGACCUGGAGCAGACACUCAGAGACACGAUUUCCGCGGUGGCGCACACACUCUGA